UAGUUUUUGAAAAGAGAAGUAAGAAACAAAAAAAUAUUUUAAAAAAACGAGGCAAUAAACUCGCGAAUAGAAGUAGAGACAAACGAAAAGAUGCCGUGGUUUGACUUUAAAUUGCCGUGGUCAGAUACAAUUAAGAAAAAAGUUUGCAGAUAUUUGUUACAACGAUACUUGGGACAGUUUUUGGAGGAAAAACUAAAGUUGGAACAGUUAAAUGUUGAUUUCACAAAUGGAAAAGGCAACGUCGAAAAUGUAACACUAUCGAGUGAGGCAUUAAAUGAAAUAUGCGAGAGUCAAGGAUGGGAUGUAGAAGUAACAGGAGGAAGAAUUGGUUCUGUUACUGUCAAUGUACCAUGGAAAGCUCCAAUGGCUCAAGAUAGUUACAUUGAGAUAGGUAAUUUGUUUAUCUCACUUAGACCAAUGGCAAGGCAGAAGCAUGACGAAACUGGCAUGCUUGAAUCUAUGUGGAGUUCAAUGAGUAGCUCGAUGCAACUUGCACAAGAAUGUUUGGAACGUGAAGGCGAUGUACCGCUUGUUCCAUCUAAUACUAUUGAUGGGUUAGAACGAUUUGCACAAUUGAUAGAUAAUGUUUUGAAUCGAAUCAAGGCCAAAUUUGUAAACACAACACUUAGAUUAGAGUACUUGUGUCCCGAAAAUGAUUAUGGAGUUGCCAUCAUUAUAAAAAUUGACAAUGUUGAAUAUGAAAAUGAGGCAGGCGGCGAUCCUCCUGAUAAAGAAGAUUGUUCAAAAAAUGACAAUGAAGAAUAUGAAGAACGUGAACAUGAGAGUCAAGGAAAACAAAAGUCAUUUUUACUUUCGACCUAUUCGUCACAUCAUUUGAAAAUGCAUGGUAUUACUUUUUACACAGAAGAAUUCCGAAUUUAUAACCCAAGAAAGCAUACGAUUCCAAAGUCGGAUACAUUGUUGAAUACAAGUGAAUUAUCGCCUGAUCAGUUUUUGAGUGCAAUUAACGAAAUUCCGGGAAACUUAUCUGCUUAUUUGAGCCCUGAAGAUCAAAGUCAUUAUGAAGAUGCGACGGAUGAACAACAUGCAUUCGAAGGCGAUGAAAUUUACAAGCCAGAAAUUGAAAUUUUGUCAACUGAACCUAUUUUGUUGGGAAAAUUAACAAACACACAGGAAAUUCGCAUAAAAAUGAAACAAGUUGAAAAUUUGCCAGGACCAAAAGUUGAAUUAGAAAUGACUUUAGGCUCAUUUGUCAUAUUAAUGUCACCAAGGCAAUUGCACUUAAUCAGUUAUAUAGUUGAAGUUUUGCUGUAUUUAACCCCGAUUCCCAAAAAACCAACUGAAACACCCGUUGUAGAACGAGAGAAUACUCGUGAAAAAUCGCGUGAAUCUGAUAUCGACUUUUACAAUCAAAAGUUUAGUGCAAUGUCAGGAGUAAUUGGCAUGACGUCUCAGCAAGGAUGGUCUUCUACAGUAACCGAUCUUGAUGAUCAACUUUACAAGUCAACAGAGACAUCCUCUCAUGUUUAUGCGGGAAUCAGUGAAUCAGUUAUGUCAUCCAACAGUUCGAUGACAAGCUCAAUAAGUAGUUCAGCGACAAGUGCAGGAAGUAAAUCACGAAAACGUGGCAUUGAAGCAGAUCCAAAUGCAGAUAUUUCACAUUUCAAGUUAAGAAUUGCUUGCAUUGUUUUUGUAUUGUUGCAUGAUGACAUUCUUGUAGAAGCAGAUACAAUGUCUCAUGAAGCUCCAUUGACGGAAGACAGUGUUGCGAAAUUAAAAAUUAAGUCAGAUUCAUUUUUUGACACGCUUGAAAGUGUAACGGGCAGUGUGCGGAUUGGAUCAAAUGACAUCACAAAAAUCGCAAAAACUAUUGAAAAUGCCUUGGAAUAUCACAAUUUACGAUUAAUUCUUACUCCAAUAAUUGUUGAAGGCGAAGAGCAGCGUAACACGAGCGGUACAAUGCUGAAAUGCAAUGUCUCAAUUGCACGUGCUGAUUUUAGUGAGCAUUUAAAUGACAUUAUCAUUCCUUUGUUGAAAUUCAUACGAGAAGGAAAUUCCCCUGGUUUGCCUUCGAGACCCGAAAUAAUGGUGAAUUACAAACAAACGAGAGCAAUUCAAAAUACAGCUUCAGGCAAACGUCUUGCUCCGCCUAAAAGUGAAUUUAAUGUAUCUUUGGCACAAUCUGCAAUGGAGCUUGAUAUUUCAAUAAUAGAUCGUAUAAGUGCUGUGUUGUAUAAAGAACCAUUCAGCAUAGCACAUAUUAUAACUAAUACAAUAGAAAAUGAAAGUAAAACAAAAAGCUUUGGCGACUCAAAAACAGAGCUAAAAAUCGAUUGUUCUCAAUUUGAUGUGAAACUCAGAUUUCCAAUUGCUGAUUUAAGACCAAUUCACGAUCCGCAGCGUGUUCCUUUUUGGAGUCGAAAUGUUCGUCAAGAUUUUUUGCAAUUGCAUCUGCAACAAUUGAAUUUUACGUAUAAUAUUCCAUCAUGGAUUGGUUUGCAAGCGAAUCAAAUGGAUUUAUCUUAUUAUGAACAUGAGAACGCACAGCCUGUUGAACUCGCAAGAACUGUGAUACGAGAACUUCCUAAUACAAGAUAUUCUGCAGCCUCUGUAGAGUAUCCAAAAAUAGGUAUUUCAAUUCCAUCAACAAAAUCUUUGCAAGAUUUACAGGAAAGAAUUUGUGUUGCAAGUGCAGAAGAAACGGAUAGUGAUCCUACAUCAGGAGACAGCAUAAAAUUGGGAAAAACAAACAAAUGUGAGCCUUCGCCAUUUAGUUCUAAACGAGUGCUGCGAGAAAGUGAAACACGUCACUCAAAAGACGAAUCAAGCAAUGCAAAUACAAGUGAUCCAGAAUCUUUUAUAAUUCCGGGGGAUAACGCGGAAAUGAGUGAUUUUUGUGACAAAACAAUGAAGUUGUCAAAAAUUCAAAUUGAAGUCGACUUUCCGACAAUUAGUUUGCAACUCAAAUCUAAACAAUUUUAUGAGGUUUUGUACAACCGUUUGAACUCUGACUUAUUAAUGUGGAUGCCAGGAGCUCCAUAUGCUACAAAUUUAGCAGGAACAACGUCAACGAGUACGUUAACCGCUGCUAUGGAUCAUGCAAAAUUAGUAAUUGCGGAGAGCUCUCUGAAUGUUGGGAUGAUGGAUUCAAUUUAUGCUCCAUUUAUAAUGUGCAAAAGUAAGAUAAAUUUAGAAUCGAGCACAAGUGCAUCAAACUCCGAAUCAGAAGCUGAAUCAGAUAACGUUUUCUAUUCCACGUAUGGGCGCUCUCGACCAACACGAAAGCCAAUUUCUCAAGCAAAAAAGCCAUUUAUCGAUUUGAGUAGUACAUCAUCUUUUAAGAUGAAUAUUCGAAAAGGAGUUGUAACAGUUUAUGCUCCGGUUAGAGACUCUCAAAAUCACGUUAUUCCCGGUCAAUUAGGCGAGUUUGUUAUUAAACUUAGCUCGUGUUAUCUCUUUUCCGUUAAUGGAUAUCGUAAUAAUCCAAAUCUUGCUUAUUUGUGUUUCAAUGGCAAAUCUGCUGAAGUUUAUCAUUGUGGUCUUACUCCAUCGCCGUCAUCGAAUCCUCCAUUACGAUUAAUAGGCAGUAUGUUGCCUACUCACAUGAAAAGUACGUUGUAUCCAACACCAAAAGAUUUGACACAACAACAAAACAAAGGAAGUCCAAAUCGCGAAAUGAUAUCUUUGGCAAUUCAAAUUAAAAAAAUGCCCGAACAAAAUAUCAAAAGAAUUCGCGUUUCCGCUGGAAUUCAAUUAACGACGCUUCGACAUUACUCUGCUCGUCCUCAACACAUUUGGUUAACGCAAUUAAUGGAUAUGUUUGACGUAAAUGAUUAUCCAAUUCAAGGUUAUAAAUCUACGAGUGCCAUCACAGAGUUGCAUCUUCAUUUGUGGGAUUGUGCAAUCGAUUAUAGACCCUUAUCUCUACCAUAUCGAGCAGUUGUGACAUUAGGUACAUUUAUGAUCAGUAGUAACAUUGCAUCACAAAAUACUGGAUGCACAUUUCGAUUUAUAGCUGAAGACUGUACUUUGUCUUUAGCACCGCAAAUUCUUCCUGAAGUUAGUCAAGAAGCAAAAAAUAAAGAAAAAUAUCAACCGAUAGAGAAUAAAAUUACUGUUCUUCCCUCUGCUGAACUUGUAUGUGUUCUCGAAUUAGGCCUUUUUGAAAUUUCUUUACGGCUAAGUGAGAAAGUAACAGCUUCUUUCCCGAAAUUCGAUUUGAGAGCAGCAAUUAACGAUGUUCAUAUACGCACCUGUUCAGAUUCUGCCCAAGCUUUGGCACGUUUAAUUGGAUAUUUGGCAGCAGAAGGCGAUUUGGAAGAUAAAUUAGACGCAGAACAUGAAGAUGAUACGAGAAUGUCAACGACGAGUUUGAAUGCUACCGAUAAAGAAGAAGAUUUACUUUCUGUUAAAGCACAACAACAGGUUGUUACUGUACCAGAAGAACAACAGAAUUUCGUAAAUACUCUAUUAACAGAUGCCAUGGAAGAACAUGUGACACAUGAUUCAACGUUAGAUAACGAAUCAUCCUCCGGCGUGGAAUUAUUUUUUUUUCCUAAUGAAACAAAACAGCCUUGUACGAAGAAUCGUCAAACAUCAAUCUCAAGUGAAGGAACUGUUUCUUGUAUUCGUUCAGACUCAAUUAAACGUCGUUUUGCAUCAGAUGAUAGCAUAAGUGAUGCAUUUAGCCUUCAAGGAAAUUCUUACAAGGAUGAUCAUCAUUCAUCUACAUCUGAUCGACCAUAUGACACGGAGAGUGUAAACACAGAAUUGGGUGAAUUGUUAGAUUUUGAAAGAUCUGUAAUGGUUGGAUUGAAACAUGAGGAAACAGAGUCAGAAGCUUUACCACAAGUUCGCGAUGAGCUUGGAGAUACAAUAAAGGUUGCAAUAGAAGUUGGAAAAACCGGCAUUUCAAAUGAGUAUGAAAAAAAGAAAGAAAAGAUAUCAGCUCCAAGACGAAAAAUAAGCUCUGAUACAGAUGAAGAUUUUUGUUUUAUAUCAGAAGAAGAAAGGCCAUAUUUCUACGAGCAAGAUAUCUUGUCGGAUAAUGAUCCAAUACGAAUUGUUGAUAAUCAUUUCUAUUUACCAUCUGGUAAGCCAGAUCUUUUGAAAGCUCCUGCAGAGUUUCCAAUGGCUGUAAUGCGAUAUACUUUAUGUGAAAUGUCGCUAAUUUGGCAUAUUUAUGGGGGAAAUGAUUUUCCUGAUCCAGAUGUUGAAAGAGAAUUACAGAAGGAGAAAAAACGUGGAGUAACAAAUAGUCCUACAGUAACGUUUUCAAAUAAAAACAUGUCGGAUGCUUAUCGAAUGGGUGUAUCUUAUUCUAAAGGAUCGCCGACGAUGCAAUUAGGAGCUUCUCCAUGGUCGAAACUCACAUGGCGAACUCGCGGAGGACCUGGGCGUAAACAUGACGUGUUAAUGGAAGCUAUAAUAAACAAAGUUCGUUUUUCUCAUGAGCAAUAUCCAAACAAUACGGAACAAGCGAGUCGUCAAGUAUUGUUGAUUACCGAAUUGGAAAUUCGUGAUCGUUUAGCUGCAUCAAAUAUCAAUAAAUUUCUAUAUCAUCCAUUAAUAGGUCCAAAAUCUAAAGGAACGCCUCAUAUGAUAGUCAUUAAGGCAUUACAUUUGCGCCCGAAUCCUCAAUUGACUUCACAAGAAUGUUGUCUUCGCAUAAGCAUGCUUCCAUUACGAUUAAACAUUGAUCAAGAUUCUCUUUUGUUUUUGGUAAAAUUUUUCAAUGAAAUGGCUGGCAGUCAUGAUACAUCAGAUAUCGCUUCUUCCUCGAUCUCUGAAACAACAAAACAACAAUUACAAACGCAACAAAACCAACAAAUUACGCCUUAUCAUCCGCCAAUAAUGAUGGUUGAAAUUCCAGAUGCUACACAAGAAUUGCAAGCACGCAAAAUGGUAAAUGAGAAUUUAAUGUUACUUUUGGAUAAAGAUCAAGAGAAUCAGGAUAACGAAAGUAAUAUCGAGACAUCCAGUGAGUGUGAAGAUAAUGCACCAAUUUAUUUCCGAAGCAUUAUUUUUGGACCAGAUGUUCCAAUUCGUUUAGACUAUCAAGGAAAAAGAGUUGAAAUGAGUCAUGGGCCGAUUGCUGGCUUGUUAAUGGGUUUAGGACAACUUCAAUGUUCUGAAUUAGUUCUAAAACGAAUAACUUAUAGGCGUGGAAUCCUCGGAAUUGAUAAAUUGGUUAAGUUUUUAAUACAAGAAUGGUUACAUGACAUAAAGAAACGUCAAUUACCAAAAAUUUUAGGAGGAGUUGGACCAAUGUAUUCGUUCAUUCAAUUAUUUCAAGGAAUAUUCGAUCUGUUUUGGCUUCCAAUUGAGCAAUAUCAGAAAGAUGGUCGAAUUGUUCGUGGCUUACAACGAGGUGCUCAAUCUUUUACAGCAAGAACAGCACUUGCAGCUUUAGAAAUAACGACACGCCUCAUACAUUUAUUACAAAUAACUGCCGAAACUGCUUAUGAUAUGCUUUCGCCAGGACCAUCUGUUCGUCAUCGAGGAAGGCGUGAUCGUAAGGGCAAACGUAAACGUCUUCAUCCUCCUCCGCAAGAUAUUCGCGAAGGCGUUGCACGAGCUUAUGAAGUUGUUAAAGAGGGUUUGGGAGACACUGCAAUUCAAAUUUGUGAAAUGGCGGCUUUAGAACACGAUCAAAAAGGAGCUGUUGGAGCGGUUGGUGCUGUUUUACGUCAGAUUCCGCCGACAGCUGUUCGCCCAAUCGUUUUGGCAACACAAGCAACGUCAAACGUUUUGAGUGGUGUUAAAAAUCAGCUAGUUCCUGAUGCCAGAAUGGAGGCUAAAGAGAAAUGGAAAGACGAAGAAGAGUAGUAAUUUAACAAAGUUUUGUUGAGGUUUAUUUUUAUAUGAUAUUUGUCUGCUUAUUUGUGUAAAAGUAUAUUAACAAUAUUUUUACAAUACAUAUGUUGUCAUAUUUAAGUUAGUCAAAAGUAUGAUGAUAAUUUAUUAAAUAGAAAAUUAGUUUAAUCAGGUCUCAUAGAGUCACUUUUGUUGUUUGUCAUUUUAUAGGAAAACAUUUACAAAAUUUUUGAUUGUGUAACAACGACUGUUCAAUGUAUAAAGUUAAAAGAUAAUGUGAUCAAACAGGAAAUAUAUUUUUUUUUAAAUUUAUCUCUAAAAAGUUUUAUUUUUAUAUAAAAAAAAAACAAAAUUUUAAAUUUUUAUGCAUAAUACUUACAAUUGAAUAAUUUGAAUUAAUAGAUAGAUUUUUUUACAAUAAAUAAAUAUAUAGUGAAAAGCAGAAAUUUAUCAUUGACAUAGAGAAAGAACAAGAAUACGACUUUUUUUUAAAUUUUAUUAAAAUAUAAAUA